AUGCCUGUUCGUCAUGUUUCUUUGCUUGGCUACAGUAACGCAUCCAUACAACAUGAUGAGAACGUGACAGAUGCUUAUAGCAAAAUGAAGUAUUACACUAACAAGGAUAUACAGAAAUUUGUAUACCACUACUACAACAACCAUAACGACUACAACAACUACAACUCCAACUGUAGCAACAUUACUCUCAACAGCAUAAUUAGCAAAGUGUUGAGAAUGACUAGAAACAUCAAACUACUACCCCCACACCAACAACAACAGAACCAUAAAAAUUACAUUCGAGGAGAGGCUCCAGUCAACUUAACUUAUAACGACAUCCUCAACUACCACAAAAACAUCAACCACAACCACUACAAAAACAGUAGCAGCAGCAACCACCACAACUUUCAAAAAUACACCUGGAUAAUGAAACCGAAAUUUCACAGGUCAAGGCAUGGUAACCAAGACAGAAGGAACAUUGCAGGUGGGUCGGUGAAUGAUCAUUACAAACUGACCGACAAAAUGAAAAAAUUAUUCCCCAAGUUCAUAUACACCGGACUCGGAAAAAGAUUCGCAAUUAAAGUGUCGGUUAAUAAUUGA